AUUUGACUCAGUAGUCAAUUGUCAAAAUUUAUAGCAAUCAAUUAAUUGUUUACAUUUUAACAUUUUAACUUUUACAUUUUUUAUUACACAUUAUGAGAAUAAAACAUUUAAAAUACUACUAAAUAAGAAAAUUAUCUUUAGAGUGUAUUCAAGUACAAUGUCGUGAAUUUUCUACACUAAAACACUAUGUCCUCGAUUAUUUACGAAAAACAUAACAAAGAAGGCUCUAAAUUAUACAAAUGUUGCGAGUACGCGAGUAAGGUUUCAUUAAAUUUAAACACCUUUAGGCGAGAUGGAAGGUUUUGUGACAUAGAACUUAUUUCAGGAAAAACUAAAAUUAAGGCCCAUCGUGUAGUUCUGGCUGCCAGUUGUGAAUAUUUUGAUGCAAUGUUUAAUGUUGGCUUGGAAGAAAGUCAAAAGGGUCGAGUUAUGUUACCCAGUAUACCACCUUCCAUAUUACCCAUAAUCAUUGACUUUAUAUACACUGGGGAAAUAGCGAUAGACAAAGUGACAGUACAAAAUUUAUUGAUUGCAGCUGAUAUGUUACAGUUAAGGGAACUUGUAUUUGGAUGUGGGGAAUUUUUGAAAAGAGAACUCCAUCCAUCAAAUGCACUUGGUAUAUUUAGGUUUGCGGAAACACAUAAUUGUAAAGAAUUAGCCGAAGAAGCUUUAGCACAUGCUCAAGCUUAUUGGGAUAAGGUAGCGACUGGAGAUGAAUUAUUGGAACUGCCUCUACAACAGUUAGUUACACUUCUUUCCUCAGAACAGCUUAAAGUUGAUAAUGAAGCUCAGGUACUGUAUCCAGCACUGAAGUGGUUGGAACAUGAUCCAGCAACUCGCCGCCGACAUUGUUUCGAAGUUUUGAGUCAUGUGCGAUUGCCGCUCAUAUCACCACAAGUCCUGGAUAGUGCCAUUAAAACUGUACAAGAUCCAUCCAUAGCUGUAGCACUAAAAACUGUCAGAGUUGAUAUGAAAUCGGGUCGUGGUGCACUUGUGUCGCUAUCGGCAGAGCCGCGGGCUCGCGCGCGUCGCGUGCUCGUGAUCGUGGGCGGCUCGUGCCACGACACCGCGCCACAUCCGCCCCUCACUACUGACAAUAUACUGUUCUCCGCGCUUAAGUUCGAUCUGCAUAAAAGAGAAUGGGAAGAACUUGCACCAAUGGGCAUAGCUCGAAUACAACCUGGAGUAGCAACUUUAGGCGGACGAGUGUACGCGGUGGGAGGUGAACAGGGGAGCCAAAUAUUAGCUAAUGGUGAAGUUUACGAUCCACAGACAGACAAAUGGUCAGACAUAGCGCCCAUGAAGGAGGCGCGGUGCGAGUUCGGGCUGACCGCGUGGAACGGCAACCUGUACGCAUUCGGCGGCUGGGUGGGCUCCGACAUGGGCUCGUCGGUGGAGGUGUACGACCCGGUGUCCGAUGAGUGGACGCUUGUGGGGCAUAUGCCGGAGCCACGGUUCGGCAUGGGCGUGGUCACGUUUGAAGGUCUCAUAUAUGUAGUAGGUGGUUGCACACACACAUGGCGGCACACACAAGAUCUAUUAUGUUACCACCCCGCCUCACGCAAGUGGCAAACUCUCAAGCCGAUGCGCAACGCUCGCAGUCAGGCCGCAGCGGUGGUGUUGGACAACUACCUUUAUGUUAUUGGCGGGAACGCACCGAGACGGACCGUGCUCGCAACCGUUGAAAGAUACAGCUUUGAUGAUGACACAUGGGAGGAGGUGGGCAGCCUGCGGGAGGCGCGAGCGGGGUGCGCGGCGGGCGCGGCGGAGGGGCUGCUGGUGGUGGCGGGCGGCGACAGCGAGAGCGGCGAGCGCGCCUUCUACCGCGCGCGCACCACGCUCGCGUCCGUCGAGCUGUACGCGCCCGCGGACGACGCGUGGCGCGCCGGCCCGCCGCUGCCGCACUCGCGCGCGGAGGCCGGCGCCGCUCUGCUCUGACACACCCCGCCGCUCCACGAGAGGUGAUUCCUUUUAUACGUGUUUACCGUUCACGUCUUGUCAACAACUAGAUCCACGAUCCUCUAUUUUUAAGCUAUUGCAUAGCUUCUAUCGCGGGCCUUGAGCGCGGGGACCGAAUCGAGAAAUUCCGUAACGAAAAAACCUCACGCUCCCCACUCCGACUGGCGGAGGUGUGGCUUGAAGGCAUAGCAUGCAAUAGCCGCGGCAGUCCCCGAGUGCCACACGUCGUUUUUUUAAUUUAUAAAUAAACAAUCUGUGAUCGAAAAUGUUCGAGCGGCAUUUAAAUUAACACCUUAUUUCGUGGAAAUAAAGUUCAAAUUCUCGCUCGAAGUAAAGUAUGGCUCAUCCUGACGCGUGGGCAGGAUGUGCGAUAGACUAAUUUUCAGGAUGAUUGGGAGUCUAGUUGUUUAGAACACGUCAAUGCCUGGCACACCCGCUGCCGCGAACUAUCAACUGUUGAGUGGAUCCCAUUGUUAAAUACAUAAUAUGUUACCGAGAGGUGAUUGCAGUUCUUAUAGUUUUAAAUCUGUUAGACUUUUUUAUAAUGAUUGCAGAUUUCAUAAAUCAAUUUGAUAUCUUCUUGUUGUUAAUGUUUCAGAAUGUGCUAGGAAAUUAAUGUAGUUAUUUUCUAGUUUUGUUUCAAGUGUCAAUUGUCUGUUUUUUAUCAUUCUAUUUGCUUACCCAGGGACACAAUGUUAGAAUUAUUUAAAAUAACUUUGAACUAAUGUUAUUAUUUCACGAAAUACUUGCAUAUUCAAUAAGAAUAUUCCAGCUCAUUAUAUAAGAAGCUUUAUUUGCACUUUUCUGUUAAUAAUCGCGUAUAUGUUGCUUGAAUAACUAACUUUUUAUAAUAUUAAGUUUAUCUAAACUUUACCACAGCACUUUGUGUAGAUUUAUCAUAAAGAAAAAUAUACACGAAUUAUACCUACUUAAAUAUGAUUCAUGGGUAAUUUUUUUGAUGUAUAUGUAUUCUAUUUUCAAAACCAAAUUGAACAAUAUGAUUUUGUUCCUAAUUUAAAUUGGAGCUAUAGAAUAGAUUUGAAAAUUUAUGGGAUAUCCGCAAUGUAUAUUAUUGGUACCUAAUUCUCAAAUAUGUAAAAUUUUAUGUUUUUUAAUUUCUUAAUAAUCUCAUAGUGUUAAUGUUCCAUAAUGUACAAAGAUUUUAAAUACAAUUAUUAUAAAACAGA